AUGGAUCUCGUGCAGACUGUGCGCAAAGAAGGCAGUCGCGGCGGCCGCGCCGAGUUCAAGUGGGAAGACGUUAAGCAAGAUGCGCAGCGCGAAAACUACCUCGGCCACUCACUCAUGGCGCCCGUGGGCCGUUGGCAACAGGGCCGCGAUCUCAACUGGUACGCCAAGGGCGAUAAGGAGGGCGACGAACAGACCGAAGCCGAGAAACUCGCCGAAGAGAAGCGCAGGCUAAAGGAAGCGGAGGAAGAUGCUAUGCUGAAGGCUAUGGGGCUUCCGGUACCGGAUCGCUCGGCGGGGAAUGCGAAUUUGACGCCGUUGGGCAAGAAGGCUAUGGAUGAGAAAGCUCAAGAUGGUGAGCGAGGGAAGAGGAAGGAGAGGAAGGAGCGCUCGAGAAGGGACCGUGGGGAUGGCGACCGCGAGGGGAAGGAGCGCUCAAGAAGGGACCGGGGCGAUGAUGACCGCGAGAGGAAGAGGCGGCGACGGUCUCGGAGCCGUUCACGAGACCGCGACAGGCGACGAGACCGGUCAAGAUCGCAGAGGCGAAGAGAUAAGGAAAGGGAUAGGAGUGGAGAGAGGCGUAGGCACCGCUCCAGAAGCCGCGAGCAUAGGCGACGAGAAGAUCGUCACGAACGGCGUAGGGAGCCAAUUUCGGAUGACGAGCGAUCCCGCUCGCGAUCAAGGGAACGCUACCGAAAGCGCAGGAGCAGGUCGCCUUAUGACAGGCCUGAGAGACGGAGAGGUUAA